UACUCUUGCUUGCAUACAAAGAAUUACAUUACGUUUCUAGACUAUUCGACACGAUCUCUUUCCAGCAAUCCGAGAGAAAGAAAAGUACUGCAAAACUCAGGCAGCACGGAAGAAAAACCGCCUACGCCUGUUCCUCUGAAAUAAAUCCGAACUGGGUUGCUACUGUUUUUUCCUUCUCCAGAGGGACUAUAAAUCCUGAUUUAGGAACAAGCCGUAUCCGCCUGGCAGCUGCUUCAUGGGAAAAGAGUGAGGAAAAGUAAUGAUGGAAGAAAAGGUGAAGGGGCGCUGAAGGAAGAACGAGGAAGCAGCAUCCUUUAAGAAAUUUAAGCGCGGCGCGGCGGGGAACAGUCAGCCCGCGUUGCUUUGGGGAGCCUGAGGAGAAGAGGAGGAACUGGGGAGCGAGCAGCCGAGGCGCCUCCAGAGGUGGCGCUGAAGAGGGAGGCCUCCCUCGGGAGAAGGGAAGCUGCUCCACGGAGGCAGGGCGGGCGGGGGGGGGUGUGAGAGAGAUGAAAGAAGCAGCCCGCUGACGGACAGGCGGGACGGAGCAAAGCAGCUACCUGGACAGAAUGACGGACCUGGUGGCUAUCUGGGAAGUAGGUUUAAGUGAUGGCAUCCACAAAAUUGAAUUUGAACAUGGGACCACCUCAGGAAAACGUGUUGUGUAUGUGGAUGGAAAGGAAAUAAUGAGAAAAGAAUGGAUGUUCAAAUUAGUGGGGAAAGAGACAUUUACUGUCGGGACAUCUAAGACAAAGGCUACUAUUAACAUUGAUGCUGUCAGUGGCUUUGCGUAUGAAUAUACCUUGGAAAUUAAUGGCAAGAGCCUCACAAAAUACAUGGAGAACAGGUCAAAAACAACAAGUACUUGGAUGUUACACUUGGAUUGUACAGAUUACAGGGUUGUAUUAGAAAAAGACACAAUGGAUGUCUGGUGCAAUGGUAAAAAAGUGGAAACGGCGGGAGAAUUUGUAGAUGAUGGGACAGAAACACAUUUCAGUAUUGGAAAGCAUAACUGUUGCAUUAAAGCUGUCAGCAGUGGGAAAAGAAGAGAAGGAAUUAUUCAUAUGCUUGUUGUAGAUGAUGAAGAAAUCACAGCACCUUUGUAAUAGCUUUCCAUUAUUCUGACUAUUGCAGAUACAAAGAUCAGGGAUUUUCAAUUGCUGUGGUAAUUGACUACUUUAAUAUAUACUUUAAUAUAUACUUCAUGGUAUAUUCAGUUUGUGCUGUUCUUAUUUUCUAGCUGCUGUAUAUGAAAUUUAUUGAAGGACCAGAUGAGAAUAUGAUGUCUUUUUUGUAAAAAGAAUUUAUAUAUUAGAACACUAAAGAGGAACUUUGACCAAUGUAGAAAUUGUUUACAUGGAAAAUUUUAAUAAGUGCAGAAUAAAACACAGUAGUGAAAUUUGUUCAUUUAAA